CAUAUUCCAAGAUUUUUACAUUAUCAACAGGAGAAGCACUCCUGAGAAUCCGGCUAAUCAUCACUGUGACACUGAAAAACAGUCGUGGUGAGAGACCAAAUCGUUUCUCAGUACAGGCUUAAUAAAGUCUUCUCGCCAUGCUGCGUUGGAGUGCGUUGGAGGGCUCCUACCAAACCCUGCUUCGCCUGGCGUCUGUUGUGGCUCUGCUGACAACUGGCAAUACCCUCUCUGUGUCCUCCUUUCCCUCCCUGUCCUCGUCGCCUCCUACCUCCGUGUUCUCCUCCUCCCAAGGCAACUCACUGCGCUCCACGACGCCCGUCUGGCUCCCCGAGCAUGUGCUGGUAUACCCUGCCAUGUAUAAAUACAAGCCAGUAAUGUACUCACAUCGUGAUGACUUAACUGCAGCCGGUAACACUGUGAGUACAGGAGAUAAAGACGGAGGAGGAGGAGGAGAAGAAGGAGGAAAGGAAGAAAUCGACGUUAAAAACACAACACAACCGUUGAACAAGAACUUUCGUCUGCCAGCCAGCCUCAGACCCACCCACUACAUUGUUCGGGUUCAGCCUUACAUUAACGGAAACUAUAGCGUCCGCGGCUCAGUGCAGAUCGAUAUAGAAGUGCUCCAAUCGACCUCCAACAUCACCCUCCAUGUAUCCACAAUGGACAUCCACGUGCAGGAUAUUCAGCUUGAAGCAGCGGAAGGCGAUGAAGAGGGAGCCUCCAUCCCACGAUUUACUCAUUUUGUUGACAACUUGGACGUUGAGGUUUUUACUGCCCACCUAGAUGGAGAACUUGAGGCCGGUAGGAGGGUGCGGUACACCGUUCCCUACGAAGGAACCCUGGAACACUACAUGGGAGGGUUUUACGGCCUUCACUACACAGAUGUGGACGGCACUGAAAGGUACAUGGUGAGCACUCUUAACCAGCCAGUCAAUGCCAGGAUUGCCUUCCCGUGCUUCGACGAGCCGCAGCUCAAAGCCACGUUCGAGCUGCACGUGGCGCGCCAGGUCAACAUGACAGCUGUGUCCAACAUGCCUCUGCUCACCACCACGCCUAUAGAGGACCAGGAAGGCUGGGUGUGGGACAGUUUCCAGACGACGCCACCGAUGUCCACCUACCUCCUGAUGCUCGUCGUUAUGUCCCUUCCGCACAUCAACAUCACUGCGCACCGGCAAGACCUGCCCAUCAGAAUAUGGGCCAGGCAGGAGGUGCUGGAUAGGAUGUCCUUCAUGCACCAAGUCGUGCCUGGUGUUCUGGACUUCAUGGAGACCUACACAAACAUCUCGUACUCGCUGUCGAAGCUGGACAUCAUUGUUGUUCCCAGCCAAGAAGGCAUCGCCUUUGAGGGUUGGGGCGCCAUCCUUAUGUACGAUGAACGUUUCAUACAGCACGACCCGCUGGAGAACGAUGAGGUGAAUUUAGGGAAAGUGGCGUGGGUUCAAGCUCACGAAUUGGCCCAUCAGUGGUUUGGGAACUUGGUGACACCGCGCUGGUGGGGGGAUGUGUGGCUCAGUGAGGGCAUCACCACCUACAUGUCCAACCUCGCUAUGCAGAAGAUGGCGAUUGUGAGUCAGAGUGUGGCGGCGGAGGCAAGCUUCACCCUUCAUGAACUGUUCCACGAGGACAGCCAGAUUACCGCGGUUCCUGUCUUCAACCAGCAACUGGACGUGUUCAAGCCAGAUACGUACUUCAACGUAUUUUCUUACUUUAAAUGCUCGCUUUUGUUGCACAUGAUGGCCCACGUCCUCUCCCACCACGCCUUCAGGAAGGGUAUGGUGUCCUUCCUUCAUGAACACCAGUACGGGAGUGUGGGUCAGGACGACCUAUCCCGCCACCUGACGAAGGCAGCGCACGAAACCCAUACGCUGCCGCAGGACCUCACUGUCAAGACCAUCCUGGACACCUGGACGCAUCAAGCAGGUUACCCACUCGUGACGGUGACGAGAAGCCCCGCGGGAACAUCCGCCACAGCCUUCCAGGAAAAAUAUCUGUGGUCACAAAACAGCAGUCUUCUCAGUGAUCACUACAGCACGUGGUGGGUGCCGCUCACCCACACUAGCCAGGCCUCGCCGGACUUCAACGACACCCUCGUCAAGGUGUGGCUCAAGGGCACGGAGACGCAGACGUCGGUGCACAACCUACCUACCAGGGAUCAUUGGGUCGUCUUCAAUCUGCAACAGACAGGCUACUACAGAGUCAACUACGACGACAAUAACUGGAACCUGCUGAUCCAGCAGCUGCUCACCGACCACCAGCUUAUUCACGUCAACAACAGAGUUCAGAUGAUCGACGAUAUCCUGAACUUGGCGUCUUCUGGAAAAGUCUCCUAUAAUACCGCCCUGAGUUUGGUGGAAUACAUAAAGAAAGAGAACGAGACUUUGCCGUGGCGAGUUUUCCAACGCAACAUGGAACACAUGAAGAAAAUGCUACAGAGCACUCCAGCUUACGAAGGCUUUAAGAAAUACAUGUGGUCGUUACUUGUUCCUCUUUGGAAUUUAGUGGGCCUUGAGAACAAACUUGAGGUGCAGACCAUCCAGCAGGAACACUCCGAGGCCGUCAAGUGGGCGUGUCAUCACAACCUCCCGAGCUGCGUCUACCUCGCCGCCAGCCUCUACGCCCAGUGGAUGCUCACGCCGGAAAACAUUAAGGUGGUGCCCAGGGACUUGUGGGGGACCGUGUACUGCACCGCCAUCGCCCACGGAGGAGAGGCCGAGUGGGACUUCGCGUGGCAACAAUAUUUCCUUUCUAAUGACAUCCACCACAAAGAACAGCUCCUGGCCGCCCUCAGCUGUAGCCGCGACACCUGGGAGGAGAAUGGGUACCUGGACCUGGCCUUGACUUCGGAAAUCAAGCAGCGGACACAGGGUGCUUUCCAGGUGUUUUACUCUGUGGCGUCUAAUCCUGGAGGGAAACCCUUGGCCUGGAACUUCCUUACAAGCCGCUGGUCUGCCCUGGCCAACUUGUACAGUGACAGCGGAGCGGCGGUGGAGCAGCUGGUGGUGGCGGCCGCAGAGACCCUCACCUCGCAGCAAGACAUGGACAAGCUGAGAGUAUUCAGGGACAACCACAGGGACAACCCCCGCGUAGUGGCCGCUUCGGAGGUAGCACUCGACAUCGUCGCUAGGAACGUGGCUUGGAUGGAGAGGAACUACGACGUGAUCUGCGAGUGGCUGCAAGCACGAGGGUUUAACAUUGGAUUAAGAUAAGAAGUGUGUGUGUGUGUGUGUGUGUGUGUGUGUGUGUGUGUGUGUGUGAUAGCAAUGAGGUCAGAAAGGGACAGAAAUAUUUUAUGUAUUAACAAAUAAAUAUAAAGUUAAAAACCCAAAAUUAAUAAGAUGAGUACAGUUUCACGAGGCGCUUCUAAGUACAUUCACUCUGCAAGUAGACAUGAUUAUAGAUUUACUUCAAAACAUAAAUAAUGGA